CUCGACACACGCCAUGGCGGAUAACCCAAACCCGACGGUGUACAUGCCGACAACGGCCCACCGGGAGGUCAAGGUCGACUAUGACGAUGACGACAUGGCUCGGGAGGCUAUCGAUGCGCAAGAGGUGUUUGAGCUCAUCCGGCACAUCAAUGAUCCAGAGCAUCCGCUGACGCUCGAGCAGUUGAAUGUGGUCCAGCCGGGCCUGAUCUCGGUCGACGAUGAGCGAAACACGGUAGAAGUUAAGUUCACACCGACCAUUCCACACUGCUCCAUGGCGACGCUCAUCGGGCUGACGAUCAGGGUCCGGCUGUUGCGGUCGCUGCCGCGUAGGCUCAAGGUCGCGGUCGCUGUCACGCCGGGUACCCACGCUCAGGAUGCCGCCAUCACAAAGCAGCUCAAUGACAAGGAGCGCGUGCAGGCGGCACUGGAGAACAAGGCCCUGCUCCGGGUCGUCAACAAGGGCCUCGACGGCAUCGACGACAUCCGCGACUGAUACGGGUACACCAUAAAGCUUCCUCC